AUGAAAAGAAUGCACAGGGUUGGUUUUUAUAUUUUAUUUCAUCAUUCACUUGAUUGAUCUUGAUCUGAAUUUCAGUUUGAACGAAAUGAAGAUUCAAAAAAAAAAAUACAAAAAAAAAAUCAAGAAUCAGAAGGUCUUGUCUUUUUCUUCUUAUUUUAAGGCGUCUAAUCAACUUCUCUUUCUUCACAAAAACAUUUGUUGUUGAAAACUUCGUUUUUAUUUGGGUCGAGGUAGCUAUACACAGCUAAGUUACUUGCAUGUGAAAGUCUGAGUUAUAGAAGAUUUGAAGAAACCAAUUUCAAUUUCGGUUAAUGCGUAUUUUCACUGGGAUUUCAUCCGUACUCGAAAUUUCAACAUUUAUAACGUUUUCUUAUAUUUUUAUAUUGCGUUCUUCAAUGUUCUGAAAUAUUCUGAAAUAUAGCAAGAGGAGUAAUUGAAACAGGCACACUGCUCUUGAAAGAGAAAAAUGAUUUUUGUUUCGAAGAUAGGCAUAUCGAAAAAACUUGAAUUUGACAUUCUCGGACAAAAAAUUGGUGCCAAGUUUCGUGCUGCGAAAGUUUUUUUUGUGUUGACUCACUAGGGAACUAUUCGGGCUCGAGUACGUGUAUCAAGUUAAAAUCACGAUGGCUUGUAGACUUGGGUGAGAGCUCUUAGAAAAAAGAGAAAUCAUCUGCUGGACCACAUAUGAUUCUGACUACACUCCUAGUGAGAAAAAGCUUCUUGAAAAAACCCAGGAAGAGUCCUGUACGCUCCUGAACCUUCCUCUUUCACCGAAACUGGGGCAGUGGUUAGAGGGCCAGUCUCAUGGUUGGCUUUUUUGAGUAGGUUCGAUUCCUGUCGAAGGCAAAUCUUUUUUUGCAUUUUUUUAAGGUCAAGUUCUUUUUAAAAUUACGGAAUCCGGGAAGAUUUGGAAGUUUCGACAAUAUAUGGUUUCUUAUAAAAAUGUUCUCUAGAUGUAGAAAAAAACACUGGCAGACAUCAAAAUCGUACUGAAAGUUUCCUUUAGUCACUCGUUUAUUUUUGAGAAUCACCUGAACUAAGAAAAAAGCUUUUUCAUUGAUUUAAUAACUUAGGAAAAAGUUUUAUGUCUUUAAGAAAAAUUCAAAAAAGAUUUGCCCUUGACAGGAAUCGAACCUACUCAAAAAAAAGUCAAUCAAGAGACUGGCCCUCUAAUCCCUGCGCCGGUCACCUCGGUAAAAGAGGAAAGUUCAGGAGCGUACAUGACUUUUCCUGGGCUUCUUCGAAAAGCUUUUUCUCAGAAGCUUAUGUGAUUUAGCAGAUAAGUUCUCUUGUUUCUUAGAGCUCUUACCCAAGUCUAUAAGCGACCAUAGUUUCAACUUGAUACGCGUCGCGGAGCCCGAGUAGUUCACUAGUCAGCGAACUGUUAGAACUCAACUAUGAUAAUUUUGCGAAAAAAAAAAUGAGAAAAAUCACUUCUAAAUUAAAACAUUUCACCAAAUGAGUUUUUUUUGACUACAAAAUUCAAAUUCAUUUCGAUGAAUGAAACCUAGUGUGUGCAUUAACCGCAAACCUUUGACUGUUAGGAAUAAAUCUAAUUGAGCCAUCCAGUAACAAAAAGCAAUCCUCGUUAAAGUUUAAGACGAGUCACUCGGCGAAGGCGGCGCGGAGUGUCCACUCGUUCCCAACGACGGCCAAAUGCGUCGAUGUGAAACGCCUACCAGUCUUGCCGCCUUCUCCCGCACCCGUCGGUCGGUGCUCCCGCUUUUGUCACGGAACUCAGUUUCAAUUUUUCAGACGUGGUGUUGACCAAGAACGAGAGCUUCUACAUCACUGAUGUGUAUGUUAAUCAGUAAUAGUUAGUUGGUUCGUUUGAAAGUAAUUAGUCGCACUAGGAACAGUUUGAAUGCGGCUUCCAUGUGUUCCUCGUGCGACCAAGGCGUUUCGAGUCGAUUGAUGGGUUAACUCAAUGUCCAAGUGAAAAGAAUGCUAUCAGAAAUGGGCGGAAUUGAAUUUUUGAACGACGGAGAGCGAAAUCAUAAAUUUUUUGCGGAGCUUGGAAUGCGGAACCCAGGAUUCCGUUCAUCUCUGAGAGAAAUAUCGCAAUUGGCGUAUUUUUUUAUUGAAUAAACAUCGUGAAAAAAUAAUUGGAAAAAAAAAACUUUUUUUGCAGAUAUUGUUAUUUUAAAAUGCGGAGCUGGUGAACGGAUUAGCGAAAAUGACUUCAUAUUACCUAAGCAAGAAUUUCUUGUCUUCCUUUCAGAUUUCUGAAUGAUGGAAGCUUUGUCGAGUUGUAAAGUCAUUUGCCAACAAAAAAAAAUCGUUGGUUACAGCGUUAUUCUUCGCAAUUCAACGAUGGUAAAAAGGAAUUUUGGGUUCCCGAAUAUUCGUGAGCGUUAAUUGUGCAUACACCAAUCUUGGAGGCUCGAAUCUUUGAAAAUUUGAAUUUUGCAAACGAUUCUUGAGAAUAUUCACCUCUUUUCUGAUUUUUUUAUAAUUUUUUUCCAAUGUUUUUUUGUUAACAGAAGUUGGUGGAGAAUAUAUACAGAGUGAAUGAAAAAUGUGCUAGCCGUUCUGCAGCGAAUAUUUGACUACGUGUAUACGAGAAAGACGCAUUAUUUGAUAAAAAGUUAGUUUAAAAAAUCAUACCGUGUUCAUUUGUGGUCGAAACACGGCAUCUUCACAAUAAAACGACAACGGAAAAAAAUGUAGGAAAAAAAAAGAAGAAAAUUCAAAAAAGAGGGGAAUAUUCCCAAGAAUCGUUUGCAAAGAUUCAAAUUUUGAAAGAUUCGAGCCUCCAAGAUUGGUGUAUGCACAAUUAACGCUCACGAAUAUUCGGGAACCCAAAAUUCCUUCCUACCAUCAAUCCAACUGAUCUACUCUAGGAGGAAACUUGGCUUAUUGAGUUAAGAGUUAGGCGCAGACUUGUUCUGCGCCAUUUGUGUUUGAACUUGGAUUUUAGUUGAUUUUUUCCACCUUUACACAAAACACCAACUCACCUUUCAAAUCGGUAAAAAUAUACCAUACCAUCUUGUCAAAGGAAGAAUAAGAUUUUUUUUUUGAAAAUGACACUAAACUUCUAAAAAAGCUUGUGAUUUUUUUGUGAAACUUUGUCGACUUGUCAAUGGAGCGUAAAAGUUGCAGGUGGCAGCUGUUCCCCCAACGAAAGAAGAACUUUGUGGCGGAGAGCGCGAUGACACCGCCGUCGACGCCCUCGUCGCCCCACGUUGAGGAGCAAAUCGAGUUUCUCCACAACAGUUAG